AUGGACGAUGUUUUCUUGGAGGGGAAGAUCCGUGAAGCACUUCAAAGCCAUGCCAGUGCUUAUGGGGCUCGGCCUGAGCUAGAUUCUGCAGUGGUGCGACUUCCUAGUGGUGUUCAGAAACAGCUGGGCGACCUCCAGCCUCGGAGACGUCUGCGAGGAAAGACUGACACUGCAGAGCAUCAGCCUGGCGGCGCUUCGGGAUCUUUAGCAUCUCCGCGGCCUCGCCGAGAAGGAGUUCUUGCCGAAGCGUGGGUGAUCGUUUACAGUGCCACAGGAAAAGAUUUGGGGUCACAGGUGACACCACCGUCGAUGUCCCAGGUCGUGACCUUGGAGGGAAAGCACUUCAGGCUCUAUGUCGAGGACGGUGGCGUGAUUAUGGCGCAAGGCUGCAAGGCCGAGGAAGCACCUGACGUGAGUCGCCUGGCCAAGGGCGUUUCAGGCGGUGAAGCGGCGGAGGAGCGGGACCCACGGGUGCUGCCGAUCAUUUUCGACUCCGCGGACGAGCGGUGGCGAACUUUGAGCGAAGCUGUCCCUGAGUAUGAAGAACUGGACUUCGAGGACUUCCCGUUGCAGGGGCCCAGGACGAUUUAUCACGAUGUGAGGCAGCUUCGCCGGCAGGGGCUAGACUGGCUCCAGCACCAUGAGUCGUGGCUCAAAAAAUCCGGGGUUCGUUUGACCGAUCGCAGUGUGCAUGAACACUCCGCUAUUUGCCGCGUCCUGAACCUGAUGACCUCCUACGAUCAGCUGAACCUUCCCUCUUUGGCAAGCUCCGAAGCCCUUAACAGGAGGCGGACCCUGAUUGAGAUCGCGCAUCAAGGUCACCCUGAAGCUCCAAGCUACGAGGGCUCAGAGGAGAUUAUGGGGGUGAAGGAGUCAGCUGACGGGGCACUUAUCGACCCCGCUUUGACGCGGCACGCAGCAAGGCGCCAGGCCGAUCGCGCCGAGGUGAUGAAGCAGAACCGCCUCGCCGCUGAGGAGCGGCGCCACGCCCGGAGCCGCGGAGAUGAAGGCGAAAAGCCUGAGAGGCCUGAGAAGCCCCCGAAGAAGAAGGGGGAAGGAAAAGGAGGCCCUCGGGUGGAGAGUUUUUUCGGCGCCGAUCGAUUUUCCCUUGGGCCACAGGUCUCGUCGUUCCAAGCAGCGGGUUGGCAGGAGGAGGAGUCGGCAAAUUCAAGGGUGAGACGUGCGCACGGACAGCGUGCACCACCACCUGACAGUGCAAGUCCGCAGGCAGCGCUACGGCAGCUGCUGCAGAAGAAGGCUGGGUCAGCCUACGGGGUUGAUCAGCCGGGGCAGUUAGUGAGCUACGUUCGUGAGAAACUUUCCAUUCCUCGGGACCAGCUUGAACCCGUGGAUCUCACUUCCAUCUUACCCGCGGUGGAGAGACGCCAGGUUGUGCAUUUUGAGAAAGAGAUGAUGCUCGACGACGAGGGGAUUGCGGCCGUCUUGGAGAGAGGGUUUCAUGGUGAUAUGCAUCUUGACCCAGUCUUGGCUAACAACCCUCGGAAGUACCAUGAGCUGAUCUCUGAUCUCUAUAAGGCAAAGCUGCUUGGUUUUACGAUGCGGCCGCGGGUGCAGGUGGGACUUUUCUGUGUGGCAAAGAAGGGCAACAGACAAAGGUUGAUUGUGGAUGCGAGGCGGGCGAACAAACUCUUUGCCCCUCCUCCAUCGACGGUGCUCGGCUCAAUCGACGCAUGGUCGAGGCUCGAAGCGGAAGAUGAUGCCCAGGUUUUCCUUGCUCAGGAGGACAUUCGCGACUGCUUCUACAGGCUGGGGAUUCCGCAGCGCUUGGGCGAGUAUUUUAGCCUCCCGGAGGUGGACGCUGAGAUGCUUCGGGAGACCUUGGGCUACCUCCCGCCAGAGAUGCAAGUGCAAAAGGGCAGGGCCUCGGACUAUGGCUUGUUGCGGCUCAUACAGAGGAUAGCUGCCCACACGCUGGCCAGCGGGGUAAAGAUCCAGCUCCGAUGGAUUCCGAGUGAGCGGAAUGCUGCUGACACCUCAGCAGCAAAGAGGAAGAUCGUGGUUUUCACCAGGAUGGAGUCGGAAAGGGCCAACGCUCGUAUGGCUGCACGCGACCAGAGCUCGGAGAUCAGGGAGACUACCGAGCCGAGGAAGCGAAAGAAGUCGCCUUCUCCUCUGAGGGUGGCUCAGGGAAAAGGGCCGGCGCAGCCUGGGAUCAGAUGCCUUUUGAAAGCUACACAGAAGAAGAGAGAGAAAGCCCGCACACGGCAACGCAAGUUUGCAAAGAAGCUUCGCGCCUCUUUGGGUGGCCAUGGGCUCCUGGAGAUGGCGAGCGUGAAGGAGGCGACCAGAAAGGACUACUUGAACAAGCUGAGAGGUUUCUACGACUUCGUCAGCUUCCACGCCCUCAGCAUCCAGGACGAGGCCGGCCUGGACGCAGCGCUGUGCGAUUACGGGGACGUCCUGUACCUGGAUGGCGAGAGUUGCAACUUCGGUCAAAAGCUUUUGGCGAGUCUCGAGUUUGUCCGUCCGGAGGCGGCGAGAGCUGGAAAGCUGCAGCUGCCACGCUUCAAGAAGAGUCUGAAGGGUUGGCGGCGGCUGGCUCCCACCCAGACGCGCCUUCCGAUGCCGGAGUUCCUGAAGUCCAGCAUCAGCGGCAUGCUCAUCCAUUUCGGCAAGCGGGAGAUGGCGUUGUUCAACGAGGUGGGUUUCUCGACAUACGCGCGUCCGGGGAAGCUCUUGCGCAUGAAGGCGGUGGACUUUGUGGGUUACAACCGCGAUUUCCAGUACUCAGUCUUAGUGGUGGCUCCUUUCGAGCGGGGCGAGGAGAGCAAGGCCGGCGUGUACGACGAGACCCUCAUCCUCGACGAUGUUCGGGCCCCGUGGCUGGAAUCGACCCUGCGCAGUCAUGUACAACAGCGCCUGAAGCAGGGGGAGGAUGCAGAUCUGUGGAGUUUCAGUGCUGCCCAGUACCUGAGCUCGUGGAGAGAGGCGGUGAACUUCCUGCAGAUCGGCGACGUGGCCUUGAGUCCCUACCAGAACCGGCACGGUGGAGCCAGUCGCGAUCACUUGAUGAAAUUGAG